UCUACUCCGCCACUGUCUUGACGUUAUGCAUAUUGAGAAGAAUUUCUUUGACAAUAUAAUUAACACCAUUUUAAAUGUCGCGGGUAAGACUAAAGAUAAUAUCAAAUCCAGAAUGGAUUUACCCGAUAUAUGUGCGCGCGAGGAUCUCCAUUUGCUUGCAGACGGAGUAGGUCCUAUUCCUAUAUGGAGAUUAGAUGCAAGCAAGAAGACCAAGUUUUUUCAGUGGAUAAUUGAUGAUGUUAAAUUUCCUGAUGGCUAUGCAUCAAAUCUAUCAUAUUGUGUUGAUGAUCACAGUGGUAGAUUAGCUGGGAUGAAAAGUCAUGACUGUCACGUCUUCAUGCAGCGUUUACUACCAUUUGCGUUUACACAACUCCUACCAAAUGUUGUCCAUGAAGCAAUUGCAGGGAUAGGUGCAUUUUUUAGAGAUUUGUGUUCAAGAUCUCUAACAGUCGAAGGACUACAUACACUUGAAGAUAAUAUCCCGAUUAUCAUUUGCAAUUUGGAGAAAUUAUUUCCCCCAUCAUUCUUUGAUGUCAUGGAGCACUUGCCUAUCCAUCUACCUCGUGAAGCAGCACUAGGCGGUCCAGUUCAGUACCGGUGGAUGUAUCCUUUUGAGCGUUUUAUGUUCCAUUUGAAGAAAAAAGUUAAAAAUCUUAGCAAAGUUGAGGGAUCAAUAGUAGCUCAAAGCAUAAACGAGGAGACUUCUCAUUUUUCGGCCUACUAUUUUGCUCCAAAUGUCCAAACAAAAGCAAGAAAACCAGGUAGGUACGAUGAUGGGGGUGUGCGGCCUUUUUACCAUACAUCUGUCCCAGAUAUCUUUUCUCAAAUCGGGAGACUGAGUGGGAAGAAAAAAGAAGUAUGGUUUACAGAUCAAGAAUUUAAUCACAUUCAUACUUACAUCCUCCGGAAUUGUGACGAUGUCAUACCAUUCGAGAAGUAAGAAACAAAAUUCAUACUC